GUUUUGUCCAAUCCGCAGUCACGCCCCUCCACCACAAGAGCGAAGAUGGUGGAAGGCAAGGCAAGUUCGCGUCGCUCUGGUCGUUCCCCGGAUCGACAUCCUCGGGGGCGUCGGGAUCGAAGCUCGUCGAGAGAGAGACGUCAUCGACGUGACGACGAUCACCGUCGUCGGGACUCGAAGAAGCGGAAACACAGUCGAAGCAGCCGAUCGCGGUCCCGAGAAGGCAACAAACAUCGCAGCACUGCGUCCCGUUCAAGUCGAGAUACCGACAAGGUCAAGAAGACGUCUGACGUAGUCGCUAUUGAGCCCAUCGAGGGAACCUCUGACGCAUCUAAGCUAGCGGUAGUCAACGAAGUGUCGACGGCGGUAGAAGUGGUAUCUUCACAACCGUCGACUGUGAAACCAAAGAAGUCGUCGCGAUUCUCCGACAAGAAGGGCGCACGAUCGUUCGACGACGAUGUGCUGGUGGGUGCGCCAUCGGUCGUGCCGUCUGCGGCACCCAAGCCGACCACUUCCUCGACGACCACAACCACCAAUGGAGCAGGCACACCAGCGGCGAGUAAGGAAAGCGUGAAAGGCACGAUCUCGGACAUAUUCCGCAUUGAUAACGUUGUCCCUACAGCAACUAAUAAGUCCCUUAGCAAGCCGGGGUCGCUGUCUAUUGUGCUGGGAGGCCAUCAUCGACCGUCUGCUGCCAAAGGUGUUAGCGCAGCCACGUCGUCGCCCCAGCUCUCGUCCAAACCCCCUCCUCCUCCACGUCCUCCCCAGCAGGGAGCAACCGCCAAGCCCCCGCCUCCACCACGUCCGGCUGGGAGCACGGCCAAACCUCCACCGCCGCCACCGCUCGCAUCCUUGAAACCACCGCCGCCGCCACCGCCUCCUCAACUCCCGAAACCAGCCCCGCCAUCUCCACCGGUCGUGGCGGCAGCUACAAAGCCCUCUCCCCCGCCACCACAAGCGGCUCCACGUCCGUCCUCGCCUGUGAAAGCCCCCACAGCGACCCCGACCUCAAUGACGCCCCCUGUUGCUGCGACCAUCGACGUCGGGUCUAUGAAAUUGGACAUCUUGAAGGCGUUGGCCGCAGCCAAGUCGCUGGCGGCCACAACAAUUGGACCAGCAAUAGCAGCAGCAGACAAACCAAGUGCCGCGCCGGCUGUCCCCCUGCACGAGGACGACGCCGCCGCGAGCGGGGGGCUGGAACUGCGCAAGUCGGCCAAACCCAAGCCAUCUUCGUCCACCGCGGAGCCGGCUGACGAUCCAGAACCGACGGCGGCGUUGUCCGAGUCGUUGCUGGCCAGCCGUAGCGAGGACGACCAAGAUGACCACGACGCUCGAGCGACCCCGACGUCCACGCCGCCAGCUGCUGCAGUGACGGCGGCGGCGGCCUCCUCCGUGGUUGUUGAUCCUGACAACCCCCUUAAGGCAUCAGCAGACCACGCUGCCUUGGAGUUUGACAUGUUUGCGCUGGACGACGAUGUGAAGGUAGGAGUCCUAUCGCCGGAAAAGCAACCGGACAAGGUGUCGCUGCGUCCGGCAGUACUGGCGCUCGAACGCCACGGGAACCACGACGACAGCGAAGGCUACUACAAGGCCAACGUGGGCGAAGUCUUGAACGGGGACUACCGCGUCAUGGGCACGGUGGGCAAGGGGGUAUUUUCGAACGUGCUGCUGUGCAAAUGCCUCAAGGGCGACGGCGACACGACCGUGGCCGUCAAGUUGAUCCGCAACAACGACACGAUGCGCGACGCGGCACAGUUGGAAGUGCGUCUGCUGACCGAGCUCCAGACUGGCCCCAGACGUUCCAAGUACAUUGUGCGACUCCUCAACUCCUUCGAGUACCGCUCCCAUGCUGCGAUGGUGUUUGAGCCAAUGCAGAUGAAUGUCCGGGAAGCGAUGAAGAAGUUUGGCGGCCGGGACGGACUCGCCCUCGGCGGCGUCAAAGUCUUUUGCCGUCAACUCAUGCUCGCCCUAGACCAUUUGCAAACGUCAAACAUUGUGCACGCAGACAUCAAGCCCGACAACAUGCUCCUCGAUGACAAGCAAUCGAUGGUCAAGCUGUGCGACUUUGGGUCGGCGUUCAAGACGGGCGCCGGUGAAGUGAACGACCCGACGCCGUACCUCGUGAGUCGGUACUACCGCGCCCCCGAGGUCAUUUUGGGGCUCCCGUACGACUUUCCAGUCGACAUGUGGAGCUUGGGGUGCUGUUUGUACGAGAUGUUUACAGGCAAAGUCCUGUUCCCGGGCCAAACGAACAACGAAAUGCUCAAGAUGUUUAUGGAGCUCAAAGGACGCUUUCCGACCAAGUUGAUGCGCCGCCACCGACAAGUGUACCAGGAAAAGUUCCUCAUGGAGCCCCAUUUCGACGACGGGCUGCGCUUUUGCAGCCGCGAGAUCGACCGUGUCACAGGCACGCCCGUCGUGCGCACUCUCAACACGAUCCACGGCACAAAGGACCUCGCGGCGGCGUUGAUGGCGGCCAAAUCGCACUCGGACGACAAGAAGCUGUUGAUGGAGCUAAAGGAUUUGCUCGACAAGAUCUUUGUGAUCGACCCCGCCAAGCGACUCAGUGUCACAGACGCCCUCCAGCAUCCGUUUGUCAUGCGCACGUGAGGGUUACGAGCGAACGACACGUCCAUAGCACACAACGGAGCGAUGGAGCGAUGGAAUUAGAUGACGUGUGGCUGGCCUAAGUGAAUCGAGAGUGUUUCCUUUGAAGGGGUUCCAGGUCU